AUGAAUACUGCGAGGAAAGAUGUGUGUAGAUUGCUUAGAUUUUACAGUGGUGCCCCUGGCGCGAAACCCAAGAAGGUACAAAAGACCGUUGACCCCCGGAGGACAUUCAAAGUGUAUAGAUUCGAUGGUAUCAUCACGAAGGCCCAGCCCCAAAUGAAGAACUACGACCUAGAUGUGUCGACGUGCGGUAAAAUGGUGCUCGAUGCUCUAAUUAAGAUUAAAGAUAUGGACCCGACGCUCGCUUUUAGGCGUUCCUGCCGAGAAGGUAUAUGUGGAUCCUGCGCCAUCAAUCUCCAAGGCAAGAACUGUCUCGCGUGCAUAACAGAAAUCCCUCCGGACAAAACCAUAACGAUCUACCCGAUCCCCCACAUGUACGUCAUCAGAGAUCUGGUCGUGGACAUGACACACUUCUUCAACGGGUACGAUAGCAUUAGGCCGUAUUUAAUACGGCACGACCGGUCCAAGUCGCUCGGCAAACACCAAUACGCGCAGAGCGUCGAAGACAACGCGAAACUGGUCGGUCUAUACGAGUGUGUGCUGUGCGCUUGCUGUUCCACAUCAUGUCCAAGUUACUGGUGGAAUGGGAGACGGUUCCUUGGCCCGGCUACUUUGCUGCACGCCUAUCGAUGGGUGGUAGACUCGAGGGACGAAGACACAGAAGCGAGGUUGUAUGAUUUGAAGGACGAUUUCGCGGUGUUCCGUUGUCACACCAUCAUGAACUGUUCUCUCGCAUGUCCGAAGGGGCUAACUCCUCAUGUUUAUAUUGCGCUUUUGAAGCGAUUGAUAUCUAAAAUUGAUAAGAAGCCAAGACCUAGCUUGGAAACGUUGAAGUACGCUUCGGGGAACAAAUAA